UACUUCAUUUGGCCAGUAGUUUAGUUGGUGGCAAGGAUGGAAGCAAUCGAGGGUGAAAGUCCAAGCAGAGGCAGUGGCGCUGAGCUCCUGUCUGGUGCGAGCGUCAGAGCACUGUUGGAUUCCGUCGACGCAUUUCUCUUCGAUUGCGAUGGCGUCAUUUGGAAGGGCGACAAGCUGAUUGAUGGAGUCCCCCAGACGCUGGAAAAGCUUCGAUCCAAGGGGAAGAAGCUGGUUUUUGUCACCAAUAACUCCUCCAAGUCCAGAAGCCAAUAUGCUGACAAGUUCCGUUCUCUCGGUCUUUCUGUUACUCAGGAUGAGAUAUUUUCGUCGUCUUUUGCAGCCGCUAUGUACUUGAAGGUCAACCAGUUUCCUCCUCACAAGAAGGUUUAUGUCAUAGGUGGGGAAGGCAUAUUACAAGAAUUGCAGCUUGCUGGAUUUACCGCUGUUGGUGGCCCAGAAGAUGGAGAAAAAAAGGUUCAGUUGAAAUCCAGUGGUUUCUUUGAGCAUGAUAAGAAUGUUGGAGCAGUUGUUGUUGGAAUAGAUCCAAAUAUUAACUAUUACAAACUUCAGUAUGGGACCCUUUGCAUCCGUGAGAACCCAGGGUGCCUGUUUAUUGCAACAAACCGUGAUUCAGUGGGACAUAUGACUGAUCUACAAGAGUGGCCUGGUGCGGGAUGCAUGGUUGGUGCCAUUUGUGGGUCAACUGAAAGAGAGCCUAUUGUAGUUGGAAAACCAUCAACCUUCAUGAUGGAUUUUUUACUGCAGAAAUUUCAUAUAAGCACAUCCAGAAUGUGUAUGGUGGGCGAUAGACUAGAUACUGAUAUUUUAUUUGGACAAAAUGCUGGCUGCAAAACUCUGCUUGUUCUUUCAGGAGUAACAACACAAUCCGAGCUUGAUGACUCCUCAAACAGCAUUCAGCCAGAUUAUUACACGGGCAAGGUUUCUGAUAUUCUCGAAUUGUUGGGAGAGUGACCUGAUUAUUUUUGGGCUGCUACAAAGAAAUGUGAAAAACAUUCCCAAUAUAUGGGGAAAUUGAGCAGAUUGUUGCAUGGUUACACUUUGUUAGGAUGGAAUAUCACUUAUUUUAGCUGAAUUGAGAAUCUCUCAUUAGCAUAACAUUGAUCGCACUUGCUCACAUGAAGACAAGAUAUUUACGGACUGAUAUCAGCUUCCGGGCACCGCUAAGGGAUGAAAUAUGCAAGUAAAUAAAAAGUCCGGGCAAAAAAGUCAUCAUUGAA